AAAGAGGAGGAGGAGGAGGAGAAAGAGGAGGAGGAGAAAGAGGAGGAGGAGGAAAGCUGCUGCUGUAGCAGACAUGGAGGAGUUAAGCGCUGUAGGAGAGCAGGUUUUCGAUGCCGAGUGUAUUCUCAGUAAAAGACUGCGAAAGGGAAAGUUGGAGUAUCUGGUGAAGUGGAGAGGUUGGUCGUCUAAGCACAAUAGCUGGGAGCCUCAGGAGAACCUGCUGGACCCGCGACUGCUGGCUGCAUUUAAUAAGAGGGAGCAAGAAAGAGAGCUACUGAUUCGGAAACGAGGGAAACGACCACGUGGAAGACCUCGGAAAAUCAUGGAUCCAGUUCAGCCAGCCUCAAAAUCAAGCAGCUCCUCGUCAUCUUCAUCUUCUUCUGAUUCAUCAUCAUCUUCAUCCUCCUCGUCCUCUUCAUCCGAGGAGGAGGAGGAGGAUGAUGAUGAUGACCAGGAUGACAGCAACAGAAAGGCAAAGCCAAGCCCACGAGUGCGGGAGCUGCACCCUGUCCCGCAGAAGAAGGCUCAGAUCGUGCUGGCCAAACCAGAUCCUCCAAAGAAAAAGAAGCGAGGCAGGAAACCUCUUGCUCCAGAGCUGAGGGCCUUGAAGCAGAAUCAGGCUAAAAAUCCACGCAAAAUUCUGAAGCCACCUCUAAAAGAUCCUCUCUCAGAUCUGCAUAGCAACAUCAAGAAACCCCUGAUGCCUGCCAGUUUCACCUACACAGGCCUGAAUCGAGCUGCCAACAGGGAGACCAUGGUCAUGCCGAACCGAGGAGCUUUUAGUGCCAAUGAAUUGCCAAAGAACACGCUGGGAUCUGCCCAGUCUCAAGGAAAACCUGUGACGGAUUUUAAGCUCUCGGUCUCAGACAUGGGUAAUGCCGGCAGUCUGGAUUUAAAAAACUCAACUUCUAAGUCUCCAGGUGUGGCUUCUCUCAGUUUGCACAGUUCAAAACUUACCAACAGUACCAAUGGCCAGGCAGCAGGUGGAGCUCCUAAUUGGACAAAAAAGCAGGAAAGCCCAGUUCUGCAGCGACCAGCGAACAUGAAACCUUCUGCUUCCUCUCUCUCCUCAGUGAAAAGCCCCAGUACUCAGGCAUCCAGCUUGUCUAGUGUCAACAAAACCCAGCACUGUGUCAGUUCUUCUCCAAAAGAUGUCUCUAACCUUAGGGGCGCUGGGACCAUAGUGAAGAAAGGUCCAGUGCAGGAAAAAAGCGCUCCGGGUGAAGGAGGGAUCCUGGGUCGAUCGGGACCCCGGGAUUUCAGCAUACCACAGGGGGUAGAAAAGGUGAAAAUGGAGGAUCCGUUAGAGAGAUUGGGGAAAACACCUCUGGGAAGACAGAGGAAGGUCCCGACAUUUGCUGGCACAAAAGAUGGCAGCAAAACGACAAAGCCGCUAAGCGAGAUGAGCACGGGUGAGGAGGGGAGCAGCUCAGAUUCGGAGCAGGACUCGCCGUUUACUGGGGAAAGCCAGGAAUUGUCAUUGGAAGUGCAGUCAGAAUGCAAGGAUUGGAGGCCAACACGAAGCCUCAUCGAACACGUCUUCGUUACUGAUGUCACCGCUAAUCUGGUCACAGUAACUGUUAAAGAAUCGCCGACUAGCGUGGGUUUCUUUAGCAUCCGGAAUUACUGAGCGCGUCGGACAACAGAUCCUUUAUUGUACCUAUUGAUAUUGGGUAUCGUAGAAAAGUGUUGUAGACCCACAAAGUUACACACACACACACAGUCUGUUCUGGAAGCUUCUUCUUGUGGAAGAACAAGAGGAGAACUGAGAAAGGCAACAAUCUGAAGGACUGAAGAAAGAAUGGUAACCAUUUGGUGCUUAAAUAAUGCUCAGUUUUCUACAUAACCUCUGAUUCAGGUAUUUAGCCCCUUGGUGCUUUUUUUUUUUCUUUUUUUCUUUCAUUAAACCAUCAGUGUCUUAUAGUAAGACUGGAUUUUCUGGGAACUGCUGGAAGCCUAGAAGAACAAAACCUGAGACAUGACCUUUACACAAGGAUCGAACCAUUUGGUGCUUGGAGAUCAAACUAAGUCGCAUUACAUUCCCUGGAUUUAAAGCGUGGGGUUUAGGUCGAGUUUCCCCGAGUGGUCCGUCAGUGGUUUUUAAAGUGGAGUAUCGGGAGCCAUAUCUGGGGUGGGGAGGGGAGAGGAGGGGAUGUGUGUCUGAUUUCUUCUUAUUUUUUAUUGUUAUGGUGGAGGUUUUUUUUUGUUUGUUUGUUUGUUUUUAAUCAAACCCCCCACCCCCGAUCCAUACAGCGUAUUAAGGUUGUAAAAUACACUCUUAAUGUUAGUAGAGUUUUUGGCUGCUGGACUUUACAUCUGGUGUUAGAAGGUCGAGGAACGAGAAGCCCCGAUAAAUAUUAAAAGAUUAGACAUCUUGAGAUAUUUGAAUAACAAGCCUAAUAUUUAAAAAGCUGGAUUAUGUUCAUAAUAUGAUGUCCUGAGGAGAUCUGUGAAGUUUAACAACCGCCGAUGUGAGCGACGCCGGAGUCCAGCGUUCAUGAUGGAAUAUGUGAUACUCAGGCAGUGUGUGUCUUUGUGUCUUUUUUUUUUUUUUUCUUUAAUGGAAGAAAACCUGCUAUUCCGUUGUUAAACAGUGUUUAUGGAAGUAUAAAUGUACAACAGGAAGAAAAUGCAUCAUGAUGCAGCGUUGUUGUUUAUUUUUAUCUGAAGUUUUUUUUUUUUUACACGAUAACGAACCCUUUGCCUUAUUAUACACAGCAGCGUAGAACACGUGGCCUUCUCUCUGAUAGAACACAAUAUUUCUGUCCUAAUUUAUUUCUUACUGUCUUUUAUCUUUUUAGAUGUUAUGCAAAAAAGUUUGUUUUGUAAAAGAAAAGAAAAAAAAAAAUACUUAGCAGCUCAUUUUAAGUCUGAAAUGUUGAAUUAAACUUGGGCGUGAGUUUAAAUGA